AUGAUUUCAGGCUUGGAGUUACGACGGCCAUUGUGGAUUGAAGAAGGAGGCGUUGCCUUGGCACUGUCUACACCUGCGACGACUCCAGGCGCUACCGACGGUGAACCUCGUUGGAUCGAACUUAUUCGGAGGCUUCGGGGAGUGGCUCAGCCUCCUUCGCGAGAAAGGAGAAAUCGCAAAAGCCUCUCAGUUCGCCGAUCUGGAACAGCUUCUCAUCCAUGCCUACAGGUAUCAGGGAAAAAUCAUCUUAUUGGAGCAAACUUUGAUUCUGAGGUGCAUUUUGUUGAGAUGGAUCCUUGGGUUGUAUCAGAUGUUUUACGUCCAAACUUAGAGGAAACUGGUUUCCUUGAUGCUUCGGUCAUACACACUGUCCGUGUGGAAAAAUUCUUUGAACGUGCCGAGCAAUUUGUAGGUAACAGUGGCCCAUUUGAUUACAUUAGUGUCACCCCUCCAUAUACACAAGUUGACUAUGGGGUGCUGAUGAGGCAAAUAUCAGAAUCACCAUUGCUUGGAGAGAACACGUUUAUUGUAGUUGAGUAUCCUUUGAAAACUGACAUGCUAGAUUCUUGUGGAAACCUUGUGAAGAUAACUGACAGACGGUUUGGCCGCACGCUCUUGGCGAUUUAUGGACCAACAUGGUCCCAGAAGAAGAGAUGACACAUUCAUAUGCCAAAGUUGCAGUAAAGCUGAAAAACAUGCUGAUGUAGUAUUUUAUCUGUUACAUGUGGCAACAGGAUUAGCUUUUGGCACCUAUCUCACUUCUUCAAAGGCUAUUAUACUACACAGUCUAAUGUUUUUCAUUUUUUGCCUUAUGAUUUAUGCCUGGUCAUCACAGCCGUGGCAUCAAAAUUGUUGAAUCGCUAUCCUAAAUUGGCCACCAUGGAAAACGAAGGGGGAUUCACAGCUUUGCAAAUGCUUGCCCAAAUUUGUUAGUUCCAUUAAUAUUAAUCUUUACCAACUUAAUUUUUCUAGUUCAGAAAUGCUGCUCUUAGGACUGCAACAGUAAUGUAUUAUAAUUACUUUAUUUAACUAGAUUUUUGUGUGUAGUAUGACUAAUUUC